AUGGAACCAGGAAACCACACCAGGAUUCCUGUAUUUCUCCUCCUGGGACUCUCAGAGCAGCCAGAGAUACAGCCUUGUCUUUUCGGGAUGUUCUUAUCUCUCUACCUGGUGACAGUCGCUGGGAACCUACUCAUCAUCCUGGCCAUCCUCUCAGACCCCCACCUCCACACACCCAUGUACUUCUUCCUCUCCAACCUGUCUUUCUCUGACAUCUGCUUCACCUCCACCACUGUCCCCAAGAUGCUGGUGAACAUCCAGACACAGAGCAAAGCCAUCAGCUAUGCAGGCUGCAUCACCCAGAUGUUCUUCUUCACAGUUUUUGGACUCUUGGACAAUCUCCUUCUGACGGUGAUGGCUUACGACCGCUUCGUGGCCAUCUGUCACCCGCUGCGCUACACAGACAUCAUGAACUCCAGGCUCUGUGCUCAGCUCCUUCUCCUGAGCUGGCUCAUCAGCGUGUUGGGGGCCCUACCCGAGAGUCUCUCUACAUUGCGACUCUCUUUCUGUGCCAUCGUUGAAAUCCCACACUAUUUCUGUGAACUCCCUGAGGUUCUCAAACUUGCCUGCUCCGACACCUUCAUCAACAACAUCAUCUUGUACCUUGUCACGGGGAUCAUGGGCUUUUUCCCUCUGGCAGGAAUCCUUUUCUCUUAUUCUCAGAUCGUGGCUUCUGUCUUGAGGAUCUCCACCACAGGAGGGAAGCAUAAGGUGUUCUCCACCUGUGGGUCUCACCUCUCUGUUGUCUCCUUGUUUUAUGGGACCUGCCUGGGGGUCUACCUCAGUUCCACCUGGUCACGAGCAUCCUGGGCAGGGGUGUUUGCCUCAGUUCUGUACACGGUGGUCACCCCCAUGCUGAAUCCCUUCAUCUACAGCCUGAGGAACAGGGACAUGAAAGGAGCCCUGAGGAAGCUUCUACACAGCCUGUUGUCACAGUGA